AUGGAAUCCAAAUACACCUUGGCUCAGAACAGGGCUGCUUUGGAAGAGUUUGUCCGCCAGCCUGUGCGGACCUACAUGGUCCAGCACCUUGCAAAGCAAGCCUCACAGGUCAUCCGAUGUGAUCCAGAGCCUCUACCAUCUGCCGACUCAUUGCCUACCCCUCCGUCAACACCACCGCACUCGUCUUCCGCAGAGCCUGCUGCAGCUCCUCUACCGAGCCUGGAACAAUUCAUCAGCUCCCUGGUUCACCGGUCAGCUGUUCAAGUACCGACUUUGAUGACCUCCCUCGUCUACCUCGCCCGCCUUCGAUCCAGAUUGCCACCUGUCGCCAAGGGGAUGAGGUGCACGGUGCAUCGCAUCUUCCUUGCAUCCUUGAUCUUGGCCGCGAAGAACUUGAAUGAUUCGAGCCCGAAGAACAAGCACUGGGCAAGAUACACAACGGUCAAGGGUUUUGAGGGCUUCGGAUUCGGCCUCGCAGAGGUGAACCUGAUGGAGAGACAGCUCCUCUACCUGCUUGACUUUGACACUCGCGUGACGGAGCAGGACUUGUUUGAUCACUUUGAACCAUUCCUCGCUCCCAUCCGCUUCCAGAUGGAGCUGCAGCAAGAAGAGGCAGAACUCACCAGCGGCCACCGACACUGGCACUCUCACCAGGUCUCGUACGAUUCGACCAUGUCUGUGGCACCUCUGACACGCAAGGAGCCAGUCCAGGCUGUUGUCGCAACCCCUCCACCAAGAGCAGUCGGUGUCUACGAUUCCCCCGCUUCCUACGUUGAUGAGGACCUGGCUGUUGGUCGUUAUCCCAGACACAAGGCUAACAAUAGCUCCUUGUCAUUACCUGCACCCAGUCAUCGACGAUGGCCGUCGCCAUUCCGCCAUCACGGCAACGCUCGGUCGGUGUCACCUCCAUCCAUACGAGAUCUUCCACCUCUAGUUCCAUCUAGCAGACCUGGUACGAUGCACAGCCACAGCAGUUCUCGAUCUUCUUCCCUGGCUCCUUCAUCACGGUCUCGAUCUUCGUCUCUCGCACCUACAUCUCGAGGAACCCCCUACACUGCGUCAUCAAACAUUGACGACAGUAUCGUGGUGGUUGACUUGACCCAAAGCCCCGAUACCUCAUACCACAGUACCUAUAGCAAGACUGUUCGACCCAGCCUCAAAGGUCACCAAACGAGCUUCCAGGGCGAAAGUCAACCACCAGCCAAAAAGGUCAAGUCAGAGACUGGCGUGGGCGGUGUGAUGGCGAGAUUUUUCAGUUCCGCGACGAGCAACUACCGGAUUGGAAGGACACCUAUUCAACAGGCAGCUUAG